CGGUGGGUCGGGACUGAUAGAAGCCUGGAGGAGCCCGUGCCGCCGCCGCCUCCUCGUCCUGUCUUCUCACCGGGAAGAGGGCUCGUCCCCUCAUGUUGACAGGGGCUAGUUAUGGCACCCAAGGGGAAUAGGAAGACUGUCAAGAAAAAGAAAACCGAAGAACCCGAAUUGGAGCCCCUGUGCUGCUGUGAAUACAUAGAUCGAAAUGGAGAAAAGAACCAUCUGGUUGCUAGUUUUUGUGACUGUCAAGAUCUUGAUGAAGGUUGUGAAAGGUGGAUUACAUGUAAAUCCUUGCACCCAGAGACUUUUGAGAGAAUCAUGGACACAAUCUCAGAUCGAUUCCGAAUUCCCUGGCUUAGGGGGGCCAAAAAGGUCAACAUUAGCAUCCUCCCUCCACUUAUCCUCCUGCCUAUUUUUCUCCAUGUAGCUUCUUGGCAUCUUCUCUUGGGUAUUAUCAUCUUGACUUCCCUUCCUGCCCUGGCACUGGGGUACUACUACCUCACCCACAGGAGGAAAGACCGGACCCUGUUUUUCCUGAGCUUGGGGCUGUUCUCCUUGGGCUACAUGUACUACGUGUUCCUUAAAGAAGUGGCCCCCAAAGGCCGGGUGGGACAUGGGCAGCUGGUUACUCUCACUUGUGGAUUAUGUCUGAUACUCAUAGCCCUACAGCAAGCCAAGAAGAAUCCUGGCUACCUCAGGAGUCCAGUACAAAAUGGCAGCCUUCCAAGCACCAGCCCAGUUGAUUUACAGAACAGAAAAGAACAAGAGAAAGUAAAAGGAUUUUCUGGAGAUUCCCUGGGCAGUGUCAACAAUAGAAUGAUAAAGGAUGACCCUAAGGGCUAUUCUAGGAUAUUAGCCGAGAGCCCCAACAAAGUGAAGGAAGACUGGUGUGCCAAGUGCCAGUUGGUGAGGCCAGCCCGGGCCUGGCAUUGUCGGAUAUGUGGAGUGUGUGUAAGAAGAAUGGAUCAUCAUUGUAUCUGCUGUGUUGGAGAAUCCAAUCAUCGAGCAUUCAUCCUUGCACUAUCACUUUUCUUACUCACCUCUGUGUACGGGAUCACUUUAGCCUUGGAUACCAUCUGUAGAGACAGGAGCAUCUUCACAGCUCUUUUCUACUGCCCAGGAGUUUAUGCAAACUACAGCUCGGCCCUGUCCUUCACUUGCGUGUGGUACAGCGUGAUCGUGACGGCGGGCAUGGCCUACAUUUUCCUGAUCCAGCUCAUCAACAUCAGCUACAACGUGACGGAGCGGGAGGUUCAGCGGGCCCUCCGGGAGAAGACGGGCCGCCGGCUCCUCUGCGGGCUGAUCGUGGACCCGGGCCGCUACAACCGGGGCUUCCUGCGGAACUGGCACCAGUUUUCCACUCUGGGCACGCGCUCGCUGCCGCCCCCUGCCGAGGACAUUGUGUAAGGCCGCCCCUGAGGCCGCUUCCUGGCCUAGAGCCCGGAACCGGAAGGGACCACCAUCGCCGUCGCAGCCCUGUUCCUACUGGACAACCAUCCACAUUCUAGUGGGGACUCUGAGUUCUGCGGUAUUCGGUCAGCAAACAUUCAUUACUGCUCCCUGUGUGCCCGGCACCGUGUAAGCACAGCUGUAGUAGCCACAAGAGGCCAAAGACUAAAAGGUCAAUGGAGGGGUGGUGCCUACUGGACAGGCUUUAGGCGUCUUGUAUAAAUGGCUUUUUCCCAGUUUAGAGAAGCCUUUAUUCAUUAAGCGCCUGCUGUGUGUGCAAGGCCCUCCCCUUGCAUACGCUAACCCUGUGCCGUGGCACCUUUCCCCUAGAACCAUUUCAUGUUAUAAAGAAGGAAAAAGAAAAGCUUUACAUCCCGAGAGAGCCUGUCGUGGCAAGUAAAACUGUAAUCUUUGAAGAAAAAGCAACCUCCGGUCCUCUGAAGCCGCUGAAAGAUGUGACUGCAUGUAGCCCGCCAGCGCCAUCCAUUGGGAGGUGUGCACGCUGCUGGGCCCUCUCGCGCACAGAUCCCCUUCCUGUUUGAGUUCCCCCAUCUCAGCCCCAUGGGAAGCCAGGAAGUUUCCCUUUUAGUACCUAGGCCCAGCGGCACCGACAGGGGGGACCAGACGCAGAAUUGGGCCGCACUUGCUAGGGCUGUGAAAGCUGUGGGCUGUGUACGAUUUGCACUGGGUUGUGUUUUUUUUUUUUUUUUUUUUUUUAAUAUUUCUUGUAUUGAUAUGAUUCUGUCACCUCAGAGACAGAGCCUUUAAAUGAAAUUUCAUACGAACUGCCAUUUCUGUAAAAUACUGUUGUGGUGACCAAAUUAAGUGGGAAAUAAAAUUUUCUAAAAGGAAAAAGCCGUGCUGUGGUUUAUAUUAAAAGAGCCUUCUCUACCAGAGCUCCCCUUCAGCAUCCUCCUCCCUGGAGCCCGCGGCGCUCUCGCCACCACGUGCACUUCUUCUUGCAGGCCACACUGUCUUCCAAAUAAAAAGGAAGUCUGGGAAGCCCCAC